AAACAGUGGUCGGUAUGAAUAGCUUUAACAGCGACAGAAGCAGUACCAUUCACCGUGGAAGGAGGGCGACGAGAUAAACAACACCCGGGCAGAAGCGAAGGGGCUCACUGGAUUUCUGUACCUGUCGUAUGCGUCCUGUUUGCUGCCGUGGAGUCCGCGGAAAGAGGAGUAUAGGGCCAGUUCCAACGGUUUAGUCUUUGAAAUGUAACAUUGGACUUUAUCCUCACAGCGGGCUGGUUAGCUAACGACGGGAGUGAGUUAGCCUUGCAGUGAUUUGUGUUUUUGUGUUAAGUAAAUGGGAACGCUCGGGGGAGUGUUAGAGUUCACGCACAGAUACUCUCCUCGUCAUAUCGGCAUAUUCUCUGCGCCUGUCCUACACCUUUUUUACCCACUGACUCAGCCUUGUGUCCGGAGCUGAAGUAUGACAUCUGGGAAUAUGUCGAGCGUUCGCGACCCCGACCGCAAAACCACCGGCACCUUUCGGUCACUGGACUGGUUUAUUACCCAGCUAGUGUAUCCAAGAUAAACAUUGCUAUAAAAAAAAAUAAAAAAAAACACUGUUCAUGUAAUGGACGAGGAAAGUGACUUCUUCUGCCAUUGUUUCGCUGCUCAUCGAUGGGUCAGCGUUGUUGAAGCCAUCGCCAUCGCAGUUGGUCAAAUCUGUCUCAACUGAGAAGCUCAUCAGAUCAACGCUAUUAGGCAUGGACCUGAGGUUGAUGUGAAAGCUGUUUGGAAACGUUACAUCACCGCUGUCUGCAGGUCGGACCAGUCAUCUGAGCCCUUUCCGUUGGCCCCCCCCCCCCCCCAGAGCUUGCCAGAGGACUACCAUGUCUAUGUCAGGGGCCACGACCGUCCAGCUCUUCACCAAGCUGGUCAAGCAUGCGGUGGGCAAGAUGCAGAUUCAGUUGAACCGCUGGCUGCAGAGGACUGCCACGGAGGACUGUGACAAAAUCGACAUCCUCAUAUGCAGCGCCUUCGACGAGAGAGGUGGCGGCGGGAAGUCGGAGGGGGACCCCGAGGUCGUGGUCGACACAGGGGGGUCGACUUUCGCCGGCGGGGGAGAGUUCAGGCACCCGUGCUGCAUCACCACCUUCUGCUUCAAGAGCGCCCUGCUGGCGUGCAUCCUCACCGCCGUGUGCUUCUCCUCGGUUGCCCUCGUGCGGCAGUACCUCAAGGACCUCCUGCUCUGGGUGGAGAGCUUGGACAGCUUUGUUGGAGCCAUGCUGUUCAUCGUUGGUUUGAUCAUCGUCUCCUUCCCGUGCGGAUGGGGAUACAUUGUUCUCAACGUGGCGGCCGGCUACCUCUACGGCUUUGUGCUGGGCAUGGGACUGGUUAUGGUGGGGGUAUUAAUAGGGACCUUUGUGGCGCACCUGGUAUGCAAACGAUUAUUGACUGACUGGGUGCUGAACAAAGUUGGGAACAACGAGCAGCUCAGCGCUGUCAUACGCGUGGUGGAAGGAGGAAGUGGACUCAAAAUUGUUGCCUUAGCGAGACUCACCCCCAUACCAUUUGGGCUCCAAAAUGCAGUUUUCUCGAUCACAGAUGUGUCCUUGCCAAACUACCUGGUGGCCUCCUCUGUGGGGCUGUUGCCCACACAGCUUCUCAACUCCUACCUGGGCACCACUCUGCGGACGAUGGAGGACGUGAUAGCCGAGCAGAGCAUCAGCGGCUACUUCGUCUUCAGCCUGCAGAUCGUCAUCAGCAUCGGGCUGAUGUUCUACGUGGUGCACCGGGCGCAGGUGGAGCUGAACGCCGCCAUCGCCGCCUGCCAGAUGGAGCUGAAGUCCUCGCACAUGAACGGCUCCUCCUCCUCCGCCUCCUCGGCCCACGGCGGCUUCACCUACCGCAGCAAGAGGGCGACGGCCGGCGGCGGGAGCGGCGUCAACGUGGUGUGACCCCCCCCCACCGACUCGUAAGGCUGAAGGGGAACCUGCCGAGUUCAGGCGGCGUAGUUUACCAUUUCCUAUCACGAUAUCGUACCCUGAGCACCCACCUGUGAGAGUGUGUUUGUGCCACAAGGCAGAGUUUGAACUCUGUGGGACAGGGCACCUUUCACAAAUGGGCGCCGCAUUAAAAAAAAAAAGGUUUGGUUGGUACGUCGGCAAAGGAGUCAUUUGUAUUUUUUGUCCAGGUACUUUUACACAUCAGCUUUUCCAGAUGUCAGUAUCAGAGGUGGUGUUGGGAAAUCUAGCUGGGCACAGACUGCCAGCUGUAAUUAUGAAUGUGCAAUGUGCUUUCUAUAGAACCAAGGAAUAGAUUUUUAUUUCCAUUUCCGUGUCAAAGGAAUGCCGAGCUAUGCACCUUUAUUUCAUAACGCUGUCUGUAUUCGUCUUAUAUCAGAUUGUUAUGUCUGGCUACAUCCAGUGCUCAUUUACAAUAUGAAAAAUAAGGGCAUUAUUAAUACUUUGAAAUGGUUUGGCUUUUUUAUUUGAAUUUUUUUUUUUUUUUUAGCUUAGCUGUUUUUCUUUUUUUGUUAUUUUUGUGGGAGGGCUAAGCUCCCAGUGAGCAUUACAGACCCCCCUGACUAUAUCCUGCUGGCUUAUAACCACAUCAGGCGAAUUGGUUCUGAGAGAAGGUUAUUUGAUGGGACAUUACUUUUCAUUAAGGACGUGGUUUGUUUGAGUUUGACAUUUCGGAGCAAGACAUCUUGAAAUGGGGAUGAAAGAGCAAGGAUGUCAUCUUCGACGCGGAAACCAAAUUAAUCCGAAAAGCUCUUUUUGCCUGCAGGUUUUGCAAACCUAAGUGAACUUUUUUUGUUAGUUUUUCACAUUUAGACGAGUAAGCUAGCAUGAAUUAAAGAGGCUGUUUUUAUGUGCCAUGAUUUCAUAAAAUAAUGACUAUGACUUAAUUGUCGGUGAUGGCAGACAUUACCUGUGAACGGUUUAUGCGUCUUAGUGCUUAAAACAAAACCGAUCUUCUCAUGCUGUAGAUUCUUUUGCACAGUCCUACAGACUAACAUUAUUUUCAUAUGGAUGACUUGAUUUGGGAAUCGGGUUAGUUGGGCGAGAAUGGAACUGGAUGCGUCUCAGAAGCUGACAAUCAAACACAACAUGGACACUACGUGACGAAUGUGACACUGCGUUUUACUUUGACAUUUAUUGCGAUGCUGCUCCUCAGACCAAGUCUGGUAGAGUGAAAAAAUAAGGGCUCUUCAAAUGAAACACCCACACUUACUGUCCCUGUAAAAACGGUUUUAUAACGCUGGCAGAGAUCUUUCCGUUUUUCAUUUUGUAACGAACGACUUCAAAAUGCCAGGAUCGAUGUUCGUCCAAGCACAUUCCACGCUGUCAGUCAUCUGACGGGCUCUCUGUCGUCCCCAUGCUAGUGUCGGUUUAAGGACCUCUUCCUGUUUGAAUUUUAGCAAUAAUGUUUUGACAUGUAACAGCAAAAAAAAAACAAAAAAACAAAAGAAAAACAAUUAAUUCUGUCUCUACGAUCUUAGGCCAAGUGUUGGGAAUAGUCUAGCCGCCACGUCGAAGGACAGUUUUGUUUGAAAAGAAAUAAGGAAAAGAAAAAAAAAGGUCAUUAAUUGACCUGACCCGUUUGUCGGUGAGAGAUUGGGUUCACCAGUCCCAGGUUUGCGUUACAGUAUUCAACCUGCCUUUUACCUCCUGCUGCCUCUGAUGGACAUUUCUGCGCUGACGCCAACAAAUGUGACGAGGAGUCUGCUCCGUUUUUUUUCUAGCACUUUGUUCGGAGAGUCCCUGACAACCGUUUAAAGACGUCCAUCUUUACGGCCGCGCGCUGAACUCUGGACCCCCAAAACCCCUUCGUUUUCGUUAUCUCCGAAAAAACUAGUCUGCCUUUAUUCUGUGUGUUUAACAAGCAUGGAAACGCGCCUCCCGUCUCUGAUGGGAGACGUCACCUACCAGGGACUCUCCCGAAACAAAGCGACGUGGACGAGAAGCAUCUUCCGCCAUGUUUAUCGCAAAAAUCAAAACACACAAAACUUGAUUGACCACGACAUACACCCUAAUUAUGUUUUAGCCUCUCUCCUGGGACUUUUAUCAACCGAAGGCUGUCUAGUGAUCGAUCCUAAAGGUUUUGGUUCUUCCUUUGGUGGGCUCUACUUAACUUAGAUAUAGUUAUGCAACAACUGAUCCCUACGGGAAGUGCAUUUCAUAGACACCAGCACGAGACCUGGAUCUGGGAUGUCACUGCACACCUGAAAGUCUGUUAGAGAAACGCCGUGCGAAACAAAGGAUGGGCUCGAGGGAGAUGUCCGGUGCUAUGAAAUGCAAUACUUCCCCAUCUGUAUCAAGUGCAUUACACAUAUACUGUAUUUUGUAAUACAGAGAAUUUUACAGUGUAUAAAUAUUAUUUAUCACUGUACAAUGCUUGUCAAGUGUUAUUUAUGAAGGAGAAAAAUAAAACUUGUCUGAAUUUGUUACA